UUCAGCCAAUAACGCACCAUUUGCUACUAUUUCAUUUCUGUGUGUCUAGAGAUCUGCCAAUGUCUCGGACACUGUUCUCAUGAAUUCACCUAAAAAUCCAGAUCAAAGACGGCAAUCGGCAGUCAUGCUCAUCUCAAGGAGGCUGCUUCAAUAUUCGGAAUGUUCUCGUUGAGCACCGGAGGACGACUCAUGCAUUUUUCUGUCGUGAUCCUUCCAGUCUACAACCUCACGGAACUCAGCAGCAGCUCGUUUAUCGAACACUACCGAGCAUCGCAUUAUGGCCACUCUCACAUCGGUACCGCCUCUUAGAUCCCCAAUGCAAAAUGGCUUCAGCACUGAGGACUCUCCAGUGCAGAGCAGUGCUGCUUCCAUCAGUGGCAGAUCGACACACAGCACCAAAAGCGCAUUGCUCGAGGACAUCAAGCAUGAGAUCAUGGUCAGCCACCUCUAUCAAAAACAAUGCUCGCAUCUUUGGAUUGGAGACGGCAGCGGAGAACGUGAAGGCGUCCUACUACGCAAAUCGAGAGGCCAAUACCUCGCAUGCCCGCAGGCACUUCUUGACUCAUACUUUGCCGAAGCAUGUGCUCAACUCAAUGUACAGGUUGCCAUGACGGUGAACUCGCGGGUCAUCAAGACGUUUCUCGCAUGGGCUCCUGACACCACCGAUGUUCCGCUGAUGGAUGGCCUGCGUGUGCAAAUCCUGCCUACCAUACAGGACCUCCCUCGAGCGCGAAAGUAUCAGUAUGCAGCGUUCGUCGCCUCAGAGUCACUCUUGGUGGUAUGGGACGACGAGGCUGCCAACGUGGUGAAGAGAGCGGCCAGCAUUGAAGCACAAUUGAUGGAGCUGGUCUGGCACACCGCCGAAUCUGGCGAGAGUGAAGACGUCUCCAACGAGAAAGGCGGCAAAGUCAACAUCAACAUGGACUCUGAGCUCGGGGGAACGGUCACUGACAGCCGGGCAACCAACCUGAUGAACACGGUUCUUGUGGCCUUUACGCUGAUCAUUGUCAUCGUCCUGCUCGGUCUGGCAUGUCAGUCUCUUGCCGUCGAGAUUUCCGUUGACAAGUCGUACUUACGCCUUGCAUUCCUGUCGCUAGUCCCCAUACAGAUUUUCUUUACAUUGUUCUUCGCCCAAGUCAUCGUCGGCUGCGUGGCACAGUGCAUAGGGCCCGUCCGACAAAUGCAAGUGAACUCAAAAUACUUCUCCGCCAAAUGUUCUCCUCGCCUACGCACACCAACCCUCCCACACGUCACGGUCCAAUGCCCCGUUUACAAAGAAGGCCUGUCCUCCGUCAUCGCACCAACGGUCCGCUCAAUCAAGCAAGCCAUAUCCACAUACGAACUCCAAGGCGGCACAGCCAACAUGCUCAUCAACGACGACGGCCUUCAGAUCAUCGACGAAGACGAGCGUCAAGCCCGCAUCGAUUUCUACGCCGACCACAACAUCGGCUGGACGGCCCGCCCUAAACACGGCAGCGAAGGAUUCAUACGCCGCGGCAAAUUCAAAAAGGCAUCGAACAUGAACUACGGCCUCAUGCUGUCGUGUAAAGUCGAGGACAAACUCCGCCAACUCGACCGGCCGUCAACCUGGACUCAAGCCGACGAAUUAGCCGCAUACGAAGACUGCCUGCGCCAAACCCUCGACGAAACACCCCGUGCCUGGGCCGCCGGCAACAUCAGGAUAGGCGACUACAUCCUCCUGAUCGACAGCGACACACGCGUCCCCACAGAUUGCCUCCUCGACGCGGUCAGUGAAAUGGAACACUCCCCCAACGUCGGCAUCAUGCAAUUCGCAAGUGGCGUCAUGCAAGUCGUCCACACAUUCUUCGAGAAUGGCAUCACAUUCUUCACCGAGAUGGUCUACACGGCGAUCGAGUACACCGUUGCCAACGGCGACGUAGCACCCUUUGUCGGACAUAACGCUAUUCUGCGCUGGAGCGCCAUCCAGCAAGUCUCGUACAUCGACGACGACAACUACGAGAAAUUCUGGUCGGAAUCACAUGUCAGCGAGGACUUCGACAUGUCUCUUCGUCUCCAGUGCGACGGGUACAUUAUUCGCCUUGCGUCCUGGGCGCACGGCGGGUUCAAAGAAGGUGUCAGUCUGACGGUGUACGACGAACUAGCGCGUUGGGAAAAGUACGCUUACGGAUGUAAUGAGUUACUCUUCCACCCGCUGCGACAAUGGAUAUACCGGGGUCCAUUCACAGAGUUGUUCCGCAGGUUUCUGUUCUCGAAUAUCCGGUUCACCAGCAAGAUCACAAUCAUCAGCUAUAUUGGCACGUACUACGCCAUUGGGGCUGCAUGGAUCAUGACGCUGGCCAAUUACUUUGCUAUCGGCUGGUUUAAUGGGUACUUGGACAAGUACUACAUUGACAGCUGGAAAGUGUGGUUCAGCAUUGUCAUUGUGUUCAAUGGUCUGGGCAACAUUGCACUGGCGGUCAUGCGCUACCGAAUUGGACAGAAGUCGUUUAUCGCCGCCCUGCUGGAGAAUUUUAAGUGGAUUGUCAUGCUUUCGAUCUUUCUGGGUGGAUUGUCACUACAUGUCUCGCAGGCUUUGUUGGCGCAUAUGUUUGAGAUCGACAUGUCGUGGGGUUCCACGAGUAAGGAGGCUGAGUUCAGCAAUUUCUUCAUCGAGGUGCCAAAGGUGAUUCGCAAGUUCAAGUUCAGCAUUGCUUUUGCCUUGGUGGGUAUUCUGGGUAUGAUUGUGCUGGCGACGAAUCCGGGCGGGUUUGUUCCUUAUGAUUGGGUGAUUGCGGAUUUCAUUGCGAUAUUGCCCAUGAGCACUGUCACGGCGAGUCAUUUGUUGUUGCCGAUCGUGUUGAAUCCGGCAUUGAUGACAUUCUCUUGGUGAUGCAUGAAAUAUGCCGAGCGAUCAUACGGGUGUUUGUUGGUCUCAUGGAUAGCCAGAUGAAUAAUGCUAAUAUUGGAGUACUUCAACCCGGACGGGCUUG